CACUGAUGCCCAAGUCUUCCCCCCAUGACCAGGUGCAGGAGUCAAGGAGCACUGUGAGAAAAGGGCUUCAUCGUUAGCCAGAGAGGGAGCCUUUUUGAAUCAACUGAGACGGGACCUGCAGAGCACACGCCAUGAGCAUCUCAGCUCUUGGAAGCAGCACCAAAGGGAAGUCUCUCCCAGCGGGCGAGGAGGAACGCAGUAAUGUCCUCAAGCAGAUGAAGGUGCGAACCACUCUGAAGGGGGACAAGAGCUGGAUCACCAAGCAGGAUGAAUCGGAGGGCCACACUCUAGAGCUACCUUCUGGCCGGAGUCGUGCCACAUCCUUUUCCUCAGCUGGGGAGGUCACGAAGACCAGGCCUACGAGCACAAGGGCUUCCACUGGCUAUAUCAUCCGAGGAGUGUUCACCAAGCCCAUAGACAGCUCGUCCCAGCCCCAGCAGCACUUUCCUAAGGCCAACGGAGCUCCGAAAAGCACUGCCGGUCUGAUGAGAGCAGCUCCCGCUGGGCUUCUCCGCCCCUCCUCCUCUGGCUACAAGAUGACCACUGAGGAUUACAAGAAGCUGGCACCCUACAACGUCAGGCGAAGCUCAUCGUCAGGGACUGCUGAAGACGAGGACGUGCCCUUCUCUUCUGACGAGCAGAAACGGAGGUCAGAAGCUGCAAGCAGUGUGGUGAGGAAGACGGCUCCCCGGGAGCGCUCCUACGUCCUGUCAGCAGCCAAGAAGAGCGCCAGCAGCCCCGCUCAGGAGACACAGGCCCCGUUUAUAGCAAAGAGGGUGGAGGUGGUGGAUGAGGACGGGUCUUCUGAGAAGAGCCAGGACCCACCUGCUCUGGCAAGAUCCCCUCCUGGCUGUAACAGUGCGGAUGGAGGCCGAGCCAAAGUGUCUCGGGCGAUUUGGAUUGAGUGCAUGCCGAGUCUGCCGAGCCCUGCCGGGAGCCGGGAGCCCAGCACAAGAGGUGAGGAGAUUGUUCGCCUGCAGAUCAUGACACCCGGGGCGGGACUCCGCCUGAUGGCCCCAGACCUGGAAGGAAUGAGGUCUUCCCUGGACUCCAAAGACAAGGAAGUCCCCAGUCCCAGAGAGCCCAAAAGAGACUUGGCUGGUGAGGAGGCCUUCAAGGACCCCAACCCAGACUCUGAAAGUACACAGUCAAGGGAUGGCAACGUGGUAUCCAGAGCCAUGGGCUCCCCAUCUGAAGGCUUGGCUGGAGUAGACAUCAGCUCUGGGAGAGGAGGGGUGUGCUCCGCUGCCGCCCCCGCCCAUCUCCUGGAUGAUCAGGGUGUGCACAGUGCCAACUCUCAGCCUCGCAAACCUGGACCGGAGGCCACCAGCUCCAGUACUACUUUGGGCUCUGUUGUCCCAGCUGACAAGAAAAGUGACAGCCCAGCAGACCUGGAGGACAUGACGGCAAACUUGAAGGGUGCCUUGGCUGGUUUUGAGAAGAAUGCGGUCACCAAGCUGGGAGAGACCUGGCAGGACAGGCCUGGAGCCCCCAGAGGUGGCCAGGGGGAUCCGGCGGCACCCACCCAGCAGCCUGCAGACCCCAGCACCCCAGAAUGGCAGAGCAGCCCCAGAAGACCCAAGCAGCUCCUGGAACUGGAGAGCCAGGCCGGCAGUGCCUUGGCUGGUUUUGAGAAGAAUGCGGUCACCAAGCUGGGAGAGACCUGGCAGGACAGGCCUGGAGCCCCCAGAGGUGGCCAGGGGGAUCCGGCGGCACCCACCCAGCAGCCUGCAGACCCCAGCACCCCAGAAUGGCAGAGCAGCCCCAGAAGACCCAAGCAGCUCCUGGAACUGGAGAGCCAGGCCGGCAGGGCGAGAAACCCCUCUAGCUGUAUGGUCACGGUUACAGUCACUGCUGCUGCUGAGCAGCCUCAUAUUUACAUCCCAGCCUCCCCAAGUGAAUUGGACUCCAGCUCAAACAGCAAAGGGAUUCUCUUCGUGAAGGAGUACAUGAAUGCUAGUGACGUAUCUUCUGGGAAGCUGGUGUCUUCACGCUACAGCAGCAUCAGCAGCACUGAGGACUCAUUCGACAUAGAGAAGAAACCCCCAUAUGACAGCAUGCCAUACUCCGAGAGAACAACUGGAGGGAUCUGUACUUACUGCAACCGAGAGAUCCGAGACUGUCCAAAGAUUAUUCUUGAACAUCUUGGCAUCUGUUGCCAUGACUAUUGCUUUAAGUGUGGGAUUUGCAGUAAACCGAUGGGUGAGCUCCUGGACCAGAUCUUCAUUCACCGCAACACUAUCCACUGUGGGAAAUGCUAUGAGAAGCUCUUCUAGCUCCCUGGGGCUGAGAAGAAGCUGAUGACUCCUGGACAAGUUUGACCGUCCCCAGUUGUCCUGAGUUGCUGGCUCCCUUUCCCUCACUUCCUCCCCAUUUGAUUUCUUCGUGCUUUUGCUCUUCGUGAGUUCAACUGUCUUACAUCUAGUGGUGUAUCUGAAUGAUGCUACGAUAAUUACUUGUGUGUGUAGCCUUUUAUAGCUUAGAAAGCACUUCACAGCCAUCAUCUUAUUUCAGGCUCAAGCAAAGAGGAUUGAACAAGAAUUCCGUCUUUGCUUCCCUAAGGCAUGUCAGCUUCCUGAUGAGUUUAGGUGGCCUGAUAUGAUAAGCAUAGGCAGGAACAUUGGAUUCAGUGCAUCCUGACUUGGGACAGAGAGCUAAUCACAUUUUGGUUCGUAACUAUGAGUGUACCUUCGGAACUUGAGAAUAGAAGGAGACCCCUGAAGACUGUUGACGAUCCCUGGUGGGUAAAUUGCAGACAUUGGAUGCUAGGGAUUGGCAUAAGCCAAUUUUUUUAGCUUGUCUAUUUGUCUUAUAUACAUCUUUAAACUUUCCACGUACUUUUGAAAGUAGUUAGUUGCUUUUGAUUGAGUUGUGUAGCAGAUUUUAAUGACCUCCUUCUACCCACCUUUCACUGUAGUUGAGGUUUUUUUUCCUGCAGGCAUGGGGGCAUGUAUUAGGUUUAAAUUCUAUAGGAUGUGAUUCUUAGGAGGCUACUGACCAAAGAGACAUCUGUGUCUGAAUCUCGAUAACUGAUUAAUACCUUUGCCCUCAAUUCCCAAUCCCUAAGCUUUACACAGAAACCUUCUAAAGUAGCUUUUAGAGAACAUACAGUCCAGCAGGAUUAAGAAGGGAGAUAAGCAGCUAACAUUUCUUGAGACCUUACUACAUACCAGACGUUAUCACAAAGUGAUGACAUGAAUCCCCGUACUAAUUUUGUGCAGAGGGUAUUCUUGUCCCCAGUUUACAGAUGAGGAUAUUGAGGCUCAGAGAGGUGAUCAUUGCCUCAUGCAGAACCAUUGCUGUCUCUCUCCAGUAACAGUAACCACAAUAACCAGCAUUGAUUUAGUGCUGAGUAUGUGUCAAGCCCUGUGCCAAGGUUACCUAAUCCUACCAGUUAACACCCCCCACACACACACACACACACACUCACACUCAGGCCUCUCCUGAGGCACACUCUAACAAAGAGGGGGAUGUGUGAAACCACACUCCUCCUCUGUGAAGUACCUGGGUCCCCCUGUGAAGUAUUACAAAGGUUACACUGACACCCCACUCCCGCUCCUCCCCUUUCCAUGAAAACACUUCUCAACUGAGAUGCUCUCAGCUGGGAAGAGAUUUGACUCAGAGACCUUCCCCAAAAACGAGUUUGUCAGCCCAGGGAAAGCUCCAGUGGGCUAGCCAAUCUGAGCACAGGGUCUUCAGUGACCUCCUAUUUUCCAGUCUAGACUCUGUCCCGAGCUAGUGGAACAUGGAAACCUGUGGCUCACUGGACAGAUGCAGGGCCAUGCAUGCAGUCAGCUGAUGCUCUGCUCAGGUUUGCCUGGGCUCCUCUGCCUUUGGGGCCAGCAUCAUUGUGUAAGCUCCUUGAGAGGAGGUACAACCUCAGAGUGUUUAUAAUGAAAAGUGAGGGCCUCUUCUCUUGAUUUAAUUAGAAAAUAUUUCUCCAUCUCUCCAGUUUCUGAGCCCUGUGCACAUUUGCUGGUGGACUUGUUCUUAUCGCCAAAUGAUCAGAGUGGAACAUUCCAUUCAUUUGCAUAGAUGUGCAUCAGAUUUGCUCUGGAGGGGAAAAGUGGUACAAUGUGCCGUGUACCGACACUAAAUAAAAGCUGGUCUUCCUAGAGUCUAUAAACUGCAGCAUGGGACUUGGCACAUGGUAGAUACUGACACACAGGUGCUAAAUGAAUGAGCAAAUGGGAAAGAAAGGUCGUUCCUUUGGGUGGGAGGUGCCAUCCCUGAGUCUUGGUACAGGUCCACCUGAUGGAGUGCAGGAAAAAGAGGUCCCAGAUAGGUUGGCUUCCCCACCUUCAAGAUACACUCUGCCUUUAAGGGAGUUUUAGAACCAACAUGCAACAUACUGACAGAAAACUUGCAAGAUCAAUAUUGAUUUCAGUCCAAAACAAUCUGUUUUCGAUUCUAAAAAGGCAUGGAAUUCUGCAGACUCUUGUAGGAAGGGGGGUGGCUGCAUUACACUUUUGCUUCUUUUUAAUUGCCUAAUGUUUUUAAUCAUACUUGCUUAACCCACAUUAAUGUACACAAUUAUAAUAAAUGUUAAGAUAUUACA